UAUUCCUUGGAUAUUAGAUACUCAGUAUCCACAUGUUUAUAUUAUCAGUACUAUACUAAUGUUGUAAACUCGUGGAUUAAUGUUUUUGGAUAAAAAUAAGAAAGUUGGGAUUAAUAAUUCCAAUUUAUGCUCUGUGUUUGAGAAAGUAGUGAAGAUUAGGUUAAGUAUUCUAAAAUUGGAAGAUUAAAAAGGGAAGAUGAAAACGUUUGUUGCCAAGCUAAAGAUCAAGCACAAAAAAACCUUCUCUUUAUUUAAGGAACGUGAAAAAAAUGUCUGGCGUUAGAACUUCUAACUUAACUUAAUCUUCACUACUUUCUCAGUUGGAGCAGGUCUUGCAUACAGUUCUAAUUUAGAACUGUAUGCAUGGCCUGCUCCUCCUUCAUUAAGAACAGGAAGAUCCGCUACACCAUGAGCUGAUAGCUUGGAAAAAACAUAAAGGAGAAAAGUAUUCAGGAGCUGGUAAAUCAAGCCUUCUAAAUAUACUUGCUGGAAGAAGAACUAAAGGUGUUGUUUUGAACAAUGGCUCAAUUACAAUAAAUGGAGAAAACUAUUCCAAAUUUCAUCGAAGAAAAAUAGGAUAUGUAACACAAGAAGACAUCUUUUUUUCAAAUCUAACUAUAAGGCAAUCAUUAGAAUUUGUAGGAAAAAUCAGACUCCCGGACAGCAUGAAAUGGGAUGAAAAACUCACUAUUGUUGACAAAGUGAUUGACGAUCUUGGACUACGUAAAUGUGAAAACACUGUUUUAGGAGGUGAUUUUUAUACAAAAGGAUGUUCAGGGGGUGAAAGAAAACGAUGCAGUAUUGCUGUAGAACUAAUAACUAACCCUGCAUGCAUAAUUUUAGAUGAGCCAACUACUGGUUUAGAUUCUUCUACAGCAUUUAAUCUUAUGAAUACUCUCAAAAAUCUUGCUGAAAAGGAAAAGCGUGCAAUCUGUUUGACAAUCCACCAGCCUUCCAGUCAAGUGUUUCAUAUGUUUGACAAGCUGAUGUUACUAUGCAAUGGAACGGUAAUGUUUUUUGGGAAAAACUCUUAUGUUUUGCCAUUUUUUGAAUCAAUUGGAUUGCCUGUCUACCCAAAUUGGAAUCCUGCAGACUUUUUUAUUGAGAAACUUAAAAAAACAGAGGUACAAUCAAAAAUGGUUGAUGGAUUUAAAAUAUUCCGGAACAGUAUGAUUCAAGAUGAACCAGUUAGAAGUUUUGUUACUGAAAAUGAUACAAAAUGCUGCAAUCCAGACACUAUUCUUAAUGCAUAUGAAAAUGCUGCAAGCGAUCAAUACCAAGCUGUAGACAAUAAAAUGAAUAAUCGUACAAAAGAAACAUUUAAAUUUUCUAAAUUUGGAAAUAAUAAAAAUAAAUGGCCGACUUCAUACCGGACUCAAGUGCUAGCAUUGUGGAAACGAUCUUUUCUUCAAGCUAAAGCUGAUGUUUUUAAUGCAGUAUAUUUUACCCAGGCAGUUUUAGUUUCUUUAAUUGGUGGAUUAAUAUGGUUUAACACUCCUUUUGAUACAAAUUCGAGGGUUGAUCGCGAGGGAUCGAUCUUUUUUGUUAUGAGUUAUUUGUUUAUUGAUCUGGUAUUCGAUACGAUAUUUUCAUUUCCCUAUGAGGAUAAAAUCAUUGCAAAAGAGAGAGCAGCCGGAAUGUACCGUUUAUCUGCGUUUUACACCGUAAAAAAUGUUGUUGAUUUAUCGGUUUUAAUCAUACCUCAAUCAAUGGUAUACACAAUAACAUACUGGAUGACAGGAUUGAAUCGUUCUCCAAUUUUUCUUCUUGGUCUAUUAAAUGUGUUUUUAAUUACGGCUUUGUCUCAGUCUGUGGGACUUAUUGUUGGCGGCAGUGUUAAAAAUCUCCAAAAAUGCAUUCUUUGCGUUGUAAUAAUUAGCAUUGGCGGUUUAGCAUUAGGUGGUUUUUACAUAAGGAGGAUGCCUCCAUGGCUUUCAUGGAGCAAAUAUGUUUCGGUUUACACCUACUUUUACAAUGUUUUUAUUAGAAUGGAGUUUGAAUACGCACAGGAAGUUUUUGAAUGUUCAGCAAAAUCUGCUUACCGUGAAUGCUUUUCCAAUAACCAAAGCAGAAUUACUGGGCCAGAAUUAUUGUCUUACAUGGAUCCUAUUCCUUUAAAUAUUUCACAAACAAUAGCUUUUUUAGUGCUUUUGACCUUUGUUCUUCGGGUUGUAUUUUAUUAUGUGCUUAAAUAUUGCUGUAAAAUAAAGUAACUAUAUCGACAAAAGCUUCUAAAACAAA